AACAGGCACAAUCUAAUUUGUUCGGUCCUCGGAAUAAAGGAACCGUUGCUUCACUUGCAAGCUAGCACUGCUCAUGGGCAUAUGACUUCGGCAUCUAGAACAACAACACUUUACACUUCAGGCAUCUAGAACAACACAGCGUGUUAAAGACGACGACGACGACAACGGGGGAAGCUUUCAUGCUCAUGGGCAACACGUGGCCGGUGGGCAUGGCGGGAGGGAACACGGCGGCGACGCUGUGGUGCAGCCACUGCGGCAUGGGCAUCGCGGCGCCGGCGCCCGGGUCCGGCUCUAUCGUCCGGUGCGCGUUCUGCCGCGGGGUGACGCGCGUCGAGCACCAGCGCGGCGGCGUGGGCGAGAGAGCCAUGACGACGAGGACGCUCGCGGCUGCAGCCUCGCUGCCGCGGCAGCUUCCGGUCUCCGCGGGGCCCGUCGAGAUCCCGGCCAGCUACCCCAGGGUGAGCGGCGGCAACAAGAAGCGGGCGCUCCUGGUCGGGGUCAGCUACACGGGCACCGCGCACGAGCUCAAGGGGACGGUCAACGACGUCAAGGAGAUGAGGAGGCUCCUCUGCGACAGGUUCGGGUUCCCGGGCGCCUGCAUCCUGGAGCUCACCGAGAAGGAGAGUGACCCCACCAGGGUGCCGACGAGGGAGAACCUGCUGCGGGCGAUGCGGUGGCUCGUGGAGGGGUCCAGCAGCGGCGACUCGCUGGUGUUCCACUUCUCCGGGCACGGCGUGCAGAAGCUGGACAUGAACGACGACGAGGUGGACGGGUACAACGAGGCGCUCUGCCCCAUGGACUUCGAGCGGAGCGGCAAGAUCCUGGACGACGAGAUCAACGACACCAUCGUGCGGCCGCUCGGCAAGGGCGUGAAGCUGCACGCCAUCGUGGACACCUGCCACAGCGGCACCAUACUGGACCUCCCCUACCUCUGCCGCAUGUCCAGAACUGGGUACUGGCAGUGGGAGAACCACGCCCGCCCUUCGGGCAUGCUGACGAAGCGCCCCAACGGAGGCCUGGCCAUCUCCAUCAGCGGCUGCAGCGACGACCAGAAGUCCGCCGACGCCAGCGGAUUUUCCGAUGAGUCGUCUUCGAUCGGCGCCAUGACGGACAGCUUCAUCAAGGCGGUGGAGGCCGAGCCGGGGACGACGUACGGGCGGCUGCUGAGCGCGAUGAGGACGAGGAUCCGUGACGGCCAGGGGAGCCGCCGCCUCCCCGGCAGGCUUGGCUCCUUCGUCCGCUGGAUGAUCCCGUCCAGCAGCGUGCAGGAGCCUCAGCUUUGCUCUUCAGAGAUGUUCGACAUCUACAGGAAGCCGUUCCUCCUCUGAUUUGGUCGUCGUCUCGUCGGCUGCGAAUUCCAAACUUGAUCUGAGUGAUAUUGUUGUGCUGUGUAACUCCAUCAGUUCAACCCUUGUGCAUAUGUGCCAUGUAAUUAUAUUUUACGCGUGAAUCAAGUCAUGCCUCUCGCCAAACGCACCAGCACCUGCCAGAUGCAUGCACUACUAGCAGGGUCAGAAAUUUCGAACUCACGGCCUUUUUGCAGAGCUCCACCGUCCGGCUCUAAAUUCAUCAUAUUCAUCUAAAUCCAUCAUGAAACAGCUACACGUGGAUCUAAGUUUUAUGCAAGUAUUUGCAUUGGUACACCUCCAACUUAGGGAUGACAAUGGGUACGGGUAUGAGUAAAUAACCGCGGAUAAUUAUUCAUUGGAUAUGGUUAUAGUGGAAUUUGGUAUCCGCGGGUACAGUUAUGGAUAUAAUAACGUAUCGUGGGUAAUUUUUUCACGGGUAUGGAUAUCCGGUAUCCAUACCCGUUACCCAAUGAAUAUCUGAUAUGUGGGACAUCCAGAUUUAAUAUAUUAUCCUAAAUUCUAA